AUGCGAGAUAUUCACUUCCAUACGGAUGCCGUGCAAGUCCAUCUGAUUGUCGAUGGCGAUGGUGUCGUUCGACUCAAGGAUCUUCUGCCGAAAGGAGCUACCCCCACCGAACCACUUUCUCGGCUCUCUAGUGAUCCCUAUCUUCCCCUCGUGGAGGUCAGGAUCGCCGGCGAGGGGAAUGGAACGGUGAAGUCCUCCAAGUCCCUGAUUGGUAGUAAGACGUCACGUCGACUCCAGUAUCAGUCGCACCAGGAAACUGAGGUCGCUGGCCAAAAGACACUCGAAGUGGUAGUUUGCGACUCUAUCACGAACCUCGAAGUUACCGUCUGCCUGUCGGCCUUCGUCGGCUUGCCGGUUAUCCGGAUGGUUUCGACAAUUGUCAACCGAUCCAGCUCGAAUGUGAUCGUGUCUCAGAUAUCUUCUGCAGUAAUCGGCGGCUUGACUGCUAGAUCCGAGUCAUGGGAGCGGGACUACGACCUUCUCUUUUCCAACAACUCAUGGUUUAGAGAGGCCCAGUGGACAACCCGAACUCUAGCCAGUGUCGGGCUCGGAGGCGCUGGUGUGAUGGAGUUGAACGAAGGUCACCACGGCACGCUUGCUCAGUUUUCUCUGUCUAACGCUGGAUCCUUCUCCACCGGUAGCUUCCUCCCCAUGGGACUUUUGUCGCGAAAGAAUCCCACCUCCCCGGAGACCUGGCUCUGGCAAGUUGAAUCCAACGGCUCAUGGAGGUGGGAGAUUGGCGACUACCAUGACAGCAUAUACCUCGCCGCUUCUGGUCCUACCGCGCGGAAUCACAGCUGGAGAGAAGAGCUUACACCCGGAGAAUCCUUCACGUCUGUGCCUGUCUCUGUCUGCCACGUUCUCGAUAGUACCCAGUCGGCCUUCGCGGCUCUUACCAGCUACCGACGCAAGAUCAGUAGGGACCACGAGGACAAUAGGAAGCUCCACGUCAUCUUCAAUGACUACAUGAACUGUCUCAUGGGAGACCCGACGGAGGGAAAACUCCUAGCCUUACUAGAACCAGUCUCGAAAUUGGGCGUUGAAUAUUUUGUCAUCGAUGCUGGCUGGUAUGCAGACGACUCAAACUGGUGGGACGACGUUGGAGAGUGGGAACCAUCUAAGAAGCGUUUUCCUUCGGGCUUCAAGGCGCUCUUGGAUGCCAUCCGGGCCAAGGGAAUCGUGCCUGGUGUAUGGGUAGAGCCCGAGGUCAUCGGCGUCCGGAACAAACUCGCCAGAGAAUUGCCGGACGAGUGCUUCUUCCACGAGUGCGGAGUCCGAGUCGAAGAGAGGGGUCGGUAUCACUUAGAUUACCGCCACUCUGUGGUUAGACAACGGAUGCACGAAGUAAUCCGGAAGUUAGUCGUGGACUACGGCGUGGGCUAUUUCAAGUUCGACUACAACAUUGAAGUCACCCAAGGAACAGACAUAGACGCAUUCAGUACGGGUAUGGGCCAGCUCGGUCACAACCGGGCGUAUAUCCUCUGGGUGAACGAGCUUUACGAUCGUUAUCCUGGCCUGGUCAUCGAGAGCUGUUCUAGCGGCGCCCAGCGCAUGGAUUAUGCCAUGCUGGCCACACACUCGCUACAGUCUACCAGUGACCAGCAAGACCCGGCGCUCUACUGCGCCAUCUCCGCUGCCGUCCCGACUGCCGUUACUCCGGAGCAGAGUGGCAGCUGGUCGUAUCCCCAGCCGGAGUACGAUGAUGAACUGAAUGCCCUGACGCUUGUCAACAGCAUGCUCGGAAGGAUGUACCUCAGCGGCAACAUACCAGGACUGAACCACCAUCAGCUGGAGCUGAUUGCCGAGUCUAUUCGGGUGUAUAAAUCCUAUCGUGAUGAACUCCCGCGUGCUCAGGCCUUUUGGCCCUUGGGCCUUCCUGGAUGGGACGACGAAUGGCUUUCACUCGGCAUGGUUUCGGAGGAUGGUUCCUCCAGGUACCUGGCAGUCUGGCGUCGCCGCGGCCCUGAGAGCUUUAGAAUACCCAUUCUAGACCUGAAGGGGAGAUCAAGCAGGGUGGCGCUUCUAUUCCCUCGUAGUGGCUCUGUGGACACUAAGUGGUGCUCCGAUGACGGUGUUUUGGACGUCACGCUUCCAAAGACCAUGUGUGCACGACUCUUCCGCAUCACAGAGGCGUGA